CCCUGCAGCGGCGGGAGGGGGCGUUUGGAGGGGACCGGCUCCGCCCCCGCCCCGCCUCCGCCUGUGGCCGGGAGGGGAGCGCGUGUUUAGGUCACAUGAGCCUCUUGCCCGCCAGCCCCGGCCAGGCCCCCUGCCACCCGCGCCGUCCCCGCUGCCUGCGGUCCCGGCCACCACCACCGCCACUUACAGGCCGCCUGCCUGUCUUGUUCCUUAGGCCGCCGGUGCGGCGUCGCGUUGCGCUGCCUGCACCCAGGGCUCGGGAGGGGGCCGCGGAGGAGCCGCCCCCCGCGCCCGGCGCCGGGUCCCCGGGCCCGCGCCAUGGGGCUCUGGCUGCCGCCGCCCCCCGCGCCGCCGGGCUAGGGCGAUGCAGGCGCCCCCGGCGCUCGCCCCCCGCGGGCACCAUGAGCCCCCUGCUCCGUCGUCUGCUGCUUGUUGCGCUGCUGCAGCUGGCCCGCACCCAGGCCCCUGUGUCCCAGUUUGAUGGCCCCAGCCACCAGAAGAAAGUGGUGUCAUGGAUAGAUGUUUAUGCACGUGCCACAUGCCAGCCCAGGGAGGUGGUGGUGCCUCUGAGCUUGGAGCCCAUGGGCAAUGUGGUCAAACAACUAGUACCCAGCUGUGUGACUGUGCAGCGCUGUGGUGGCUGCUGUCCUGACGAUGGCCUGGAAUGUGUGCCCAUUGGGCAACACCAAGUCCGAAUGCAGAUUCUCAUGAUCCAGUACCCGAGCAGUCAGCUGGAGGAGAUGUCCCUGGAAGAACACAGCCAAUGUGAAUGCAGACCCAAAAAAAAGGAGAGUGCUGUGAAGCCAGACAGGGUUGCCAUACCCCACCACCGUCCCCAGCCCCGCUCUGUUCCGGGCUGGGACUCUGCCCCAGGAGCAUCCUCCCCAGCUGACAUCAUCCAUCCCACUCCAGCCCCAGGACCCUCUGCCCACCCUGCACCCAGCGCCGUCAGCGCCCUGACCCCCGGACCUGCCGCUGCCGCUGCAGACGCCGCCGCUUCCUCCUUUGCCAAGGGCGGGGCUUAGAGCUCAACCCAGACACCUGCAGGUGCCGGAAGCUGCGAAAGUGACAAGCUGCUUUUCAGACUCCACGGGCCUGUUUGCCUCAUGGGCCCUUCUUCACAGGGAGAAGAGUGGAGCCUAGGAGAACCACUUCAGUCUGAGAGGACACUGCUCCAGGACUUGGACCUUUUAAGAGCUCUCUUACCAUCUUUUAUCUCCCAGAGCUGCCAUCUAACAAUUGUCAAGGAACCUCAUGUCUCACCUCAGGGGCCAGGGUACUAUUUCAGUUAACCACCCUGGUCAAGUGAGCAUCUUCUGGCUGGCUGUCUCCCCUCACUAUGAAGACCCCAAACUUCUACCAAUAAUGGGAUUUGGGUUCUGUUAUGAUAACUGUGAGACACACACACACACACACACACACAUACUGAUAAAAGAGAUGGAAGACACUA